AUGCCGGCGCUUACGGUCAUCAACGGCGGUCGCGUCCGCUCUGACAUGAACCUUGUGGCCGAUGAGGACUCAGUUUACGAACAAGACAUACUCCGAAACGGUGGGAGCACUAAGCCAUGGCUGGCAUACAUCCAAUUCAAACUGCAACAUGGUACGAUUCAUGAACAAGCCUUCGUCUUUGAAAGAGCCUGCCUGCAGCUCCCGAGGUCCUAUAAGUUAUGGAAGAUGUAUCUCGAGUUCCGCGUCAAACACGUCAGUCGUUUGAAUGCCGCUAUUUUCGCUGCCGAAUAUCGCAAGGUUAACGCCCUUUUCGAACGCUCUUUGGUAUUACUCAACAAGAUGCCUCGUAUAUGGGAACUCUAUCUUAAGUUCCUCCUUCGACAACCCUUGGUGUCAAACACUCGACAUGCCUUCGACCGUGCAUUACGCGCGCUACCUGUCACUCAACACUCGCGCAUCUGGAGACUUUACAGGCCUUUUGCCGACUCACUCUCAGGCAUCAGCGCAGUAAAGAUAUGGCGGCGGUACAUACAGAUCCAUCCUGAAGAUACUGAAGACUUCAUCGAACUAUUGAUUCAGGUUGGCCUGUAUACUGAAGCCGUCAAGACAUACAUUGACGUCCUGAACAACACUCGCUUUAUCAGCAAGCAUGGCAAAGGCCAUUUUGAACUUUGGAGUGAAAUGGUGGACCUAAUCGUUGAUCAUGCUACUGAGAUACUUACGGGUCAUGAAACCGGUAUUGAUGUUGAGCGAAUCAUUAGAAGCGGCAUCACACGAUACGCUGAUCAACGAGGCAAGCUAUGGUGUGGUUUGGCCACGUAUUGGAUCAGACGCGGAAGCUUUGAGCGCACAAGGGACGUAUUUGAAGAAGGUAUCGUAACAGUCAUGACUGUUCGGGAUUUCACCUUAAUCUUCGACUCAUACACCGAAUUCGAAGAGUCGGUUAUCGGGGCGUUGAUGGAGGUUGCCUCCAAUCGAGCGGCGAAAGGCGUUGUGGAUGAGGAUGCGGACUUUGAACUUGAUAUUCGGAUGUUGAGAUUUGAACAGCUCAUGGACCGCAGACCGUUUCUACUAAACGACGUACUUCUACGCCAAAAUCCGAACAAUGUCCUCGAGUGGGAGAAGCGAAUCGCACUUUGGGGUGAUAACAAGCAGGAAGUUGUCCAGACAUAUACCGCCGCUAUUGCUGCCAUACAACCGAAAAAGGCAGUCGGCCCGUUUCAUCAACUCUGGGCUGGCUAUGCCAAAUUCUAUGAGCGCGGCGGCGACAUGCGCAACGCCCGCAUCAUCGCAGAGAAGGCGGUCAAGGUGCCUUUCCGAUCUGUUGCGGAGCUUGCUGAUAUGUGGAUUGAAUGGGCUGAGAUGGAGCUGCGGAAUGACAAUUUUGAUGACGCAGUCCGCAUCAUGGCGAAAGCUGUUCAGGCGCCGAAACGGUCGACUGUCGAUUACUUUGACGAAACACUGUCGCCUCAACAGCGAGUACACAAGAGCUGGAAGCUGUGGAGCUUCUAUGUCGAUCUUGUUGAAAGCGUUGGCUCGUUGGACGACACAAAGGAAGGUUUACGGAAAGAAUCUUUGAGUUGCGCAUAGCAACUUCCCCAAACUGUCGUUAAUUUACGCAAACCUCUUGGAGGAGCACGAAUACUACGAAGGAUUCGUUCAAGAUCUAUG